AUGUCGAAGAUAGUAGGGCUAGCUAUAUAAGUUGCCCAAGCCAGUGCUAUCGAUGCUCAGACGAAUCUAGAUAGUGCUAGUAGAUCGCAGAAAAUCCGCUGAGACGUUUACUACAAUGAGACCAACAGCACUGCUAUUAGGAAUAUGCUGUGUGUUUGCUGUGCAAACGGUCGCACAGUACACAACCAAGCGGCGGCGACAGCAGACGGUGGUCGUGAGAAAGCACAGGAUAACAGCUUACCACGACGAUCCACACGUCCAGGAUACCUAUCACGACGAUCCGCACUACGACCGUGACUACGACGUUGAUUACGCGGGCGCCUAUGAUAAUAAUAACGGAUAUGGCGGCUACCGCUACGAUGACGAUCACAGCGAGCAUGAUGAUGUCCACGAACCACACGCCCACGUUGAUGACCAUUCUACCUACGAUAGUCAUCGGCGACCCGGUUACAGCCGAUACAGAUACAGGCGUCCCAAUUAUAGACGUAGCUACGGCAACAGACGACCUUACUGUAAGGGCGGAUAUUACAACAAACGUUGUAUCUAUCCACACAGAAGAGGCUAUUCCCGAUAUCGAGGUGGAUAUGGCGGCAGCGGAGACAGAUACACGGGGCACUACAGCCGAUACUAAGGAUACGGAGACAUAUUUCACUACCAUAAUCGUCUAUUAAUACCUCGACACGUAACGUCAUCUCUAUUGUGCGCUAUUCAGCUUGUUGGUUGUACGUUGCAUUCAUUAUUUGAAGGGCAAAUGUAACGGUUUAGUCAUGACUAUGAAAUAAAUGCUUACGGCCUGUGCAUGAUCCGUAUUUAAAUGAUAAAAACUAACCCCGAAUCUGUAAUGCAAUGCUUUAUAAUGUAGUGCGUUAUAAGUAAACAUUAAAUAUCAAUAAAAUGUUUUUUUACAUUAA